CGUCCAAGUUACACGCUCGCUUAUUGGCCAAUCAUUUCCUUAGGUGUACCAGUCGCAGCUGCUCAUAUCAGCCUUGCUGAAUUGCAAGGUGACCACAGGUCCCGAAAUCAAUCAUCGAGUAACAAAUUCCGACACUACCGUCCUUCACCUGUCUGGACCCGUGUCAAUUCCUACCAGCGCUUCUCUGGAUUUCACAGCGCAAAUACGCUUCUGAUACUUUAUCACUCACAAAGAACGCUGCAAGGCUCCAAGCAAUUAACACGCUGCAGACAUUGGCGACAUGUCUUCCGAGCCCGAAGAUCUCAUUGAUGAAGAUAACUUGUUUGGCGAUGAUGAUGAUGCUGCUGGAUCACCGGCUGCUCGUGAUCUGAGUGAUAGGGAACUGGACUCAGGUGACGAUGAAGGACGUGACGACAGAAUCGAUCGACAUGAGCCCGUAUUGCCAGAACAACGAGAGGCACGCCUUAUGGAUGUCUAUGCCGUGCCGCAUCCAGUCCCAACUCCCACAGAUGGCGAACUUCACACCAUGCGCGUUCCCGAAUUUGUGAAAAUACAAGCGGACGCCUUCAACAAGGAGGGCUUUGUUGCGCCAAUACCAGACUCGCAAUCCCAAUCGGCAUAUGCAACAGCUACUUCUACUAUCCGUUACCGAAAGAAUGAAUCAACUGGUCUCCUUGAAAGCAACACCCUUUUCAACAAAUGGAGCGAUGGAUCAGUUACGAUCAGCAUCGGAGACGUUACCUACGAACUGACGUCUAAACCCCUCGCACCGACAGGUUCCAAGGAGUACAACGAUGUCCUUGAUUCCCACACUUAUCUUGCGACCCCAUACAUCGCGUCUCAAGUGAUGCAGGUCGUUGGCCAUGUCACCAACCAGUACACAGUUGCGCUCAACGACAACCUCCAAGACACAGCAAUCAUGAAGCUCAGGGCUGCAAUGGAGAAGUCCGGCCGCCAUAAUGACCAUAAAGAUGGCACUGCACUUAUCUCUGUCACUCAUGAUCCAGACUUGCAGAAGAGGCAAGCUGAGCAAGCUGAACGCGAGCGUCUCAAAUCCCAGAAGCGCCGCGAGGCAGCCAAUGCACGCGCCGACCAGGCAGUGGGACGCGUUCGCGGAGCUAUCGGCAGUGGGCUAUCCCUUGAUGAUCUUGAAGGCCGAGCACGUGGCAUCUCUUCGAAGAAGAAGAGGCCUGCGCCAAAAGGAGGACGUAAAGCACGCAGGGCAGAUUAUGAUUCCGAUGAUGAUUUGUCCAGGGGUAGGGACGAUGAAUAUGACCUGGAGGAUGACUUUUUGGCGCCGAGUGAUGAGGAACAGGAGCCGGAGACCGGGGACGAAAGUGAGGAAGAGGAGUAUGAAGGAGAGAGCCACAGGACGAAGAAACAGAAAACCGAUGCAGGAUCAGAGGAGGAUGCGGAGGGAGAGGAUGAGGACGUUGGUGCCGUACCAAGCGCUUCAGCUCAGGCUGGGGGUGAAGGUGGUGGAAGGAGGAAAAGGCAGGUUAUUCAAGACGAUGAGGACGACGAGUAAGGUGUUUGCAUAUCCGGGAGUUAAUAUAGCGAUGUAUACGGGCGGCAUUGGCCACUGCGAGUGAGAAACCGGCGGCUAGUUUCUACAAUGCAGG